AUGCAUGGUUUUGCCGAUCGGCGAUCGCAAAAGGGAAGCGAGCUCAUGCUCGUGCAGCUGUUUCUUCGUCUAGCCCAGCAGGCGGCUCAGCAGGCGGCGCGGCAGGCUGCCUCGUUCGUCGGUGGAACUCUCAGAUCUGGGGCCAACGAUAUUCGGCUUUACGUGCGGACUAACCCCUGGAGCGUUACGGUGCUGAGCUUCCUGGGAGGCCUGGUCCUGAUGUCGUCUUUUAUUGGCCUCUUCUGGCUGCCGGGGAUCCUUAACCCACUCGCAUACAUUCUGCAAUUCUAUCAGGCCUUCUUUGGUUUCCUCAUAUGCAUGAUCGACGGGCCAGCCAGCACCAGAUUCCCGAUGACGAACGCAAAGGUAUUACAGCACGCCUCAUUUCUGGCUAAUAACUACAGCAGGGCCCUGUUCUAUCUGUUCAUCGCGUGCUGGGAGGGUAGUCAAAAUCGGUGGUGGGAUUGGGCUAUUGGAUGGUACUUCGCUGCCAUCGCAGUCCUGUAUGUAGCCGUGCAGCUUGUUCAGCGUGACCAGAGCCGCGACCUGAGCGCGCCAUUAGCAACCAGCUAA